CGCAGCGGCAGCGGCACCGACAGCAGCAGCGGCGGCGGCGAGAGGCGGCCCGAGCGGUGUGGGUGGCUUUCAGCGGUGUCUGUUGUGGGCGGCGAGAGCGGCUGGAAGGGAGGCAGGGCAGCGGCAGGAGGCAGGAGCGCGGCGAGCGCAGCGGGCAGAGAAUGGCGGUGAGGCGGCGGCAGAGGCUUGGGCCGGGCGGCGGGCGAGCGCUGCUGGCCGCGCUGCUGCUGCUGCUGCUGUGCGUGUGGUGCCGGGCGGCGGCCGAGCGGGUCCGCUACGCCAUCCCCGAGGAGCUGGGCAGAGGCUCGCUGGUGGGGCCGCUGGCGCGGGACCUGGGGCUCAGCGCGGACGAGCUGCCGGCGCGCAAGCUGCAGGUGGCGUCUGGCGGCAAGAAGCAGCUGAAAUACUUCACGGUGAAUGAGGAGAACGGGAACCUGUACGUGAACGAGAGGCUGGACCGGGAGGAGAUGUGCGGCGAGUCGGCGACCUGCUCCGUCAGCUUCGAGGCGCUGGUGCACAACCCGCUGAACGUUUUCCACGUCCAGGUAGAUAUUCAGGACGUGAAUGACAAUGCGCCCGGAUUUCAGAGAGACAAAUUUCAGCUGGAGAUCAACGAGUUUACUUCUCCCGGUGCCCGUUUUGCCGUGGGCAAGGCUGACGACGCGGACGUGGGUAGUAACUCGCUGCAGGGCUACGAGCUGGAGACCAACAAGUAUUUUACGGUGGAGGUGAAGGAGAGCCAAGACGGCAGCAAGUCUGCGGAGCUGGUGCUGCGCCACUCACUGGACCGUGAGAGCGAGCCGAGCCUGCGGCUGACGCUGACUGCACUGGAUGGCGGAGACCCGCCCCGGACUGGCACGGCCCAGCUGUGGAUCAACGUGACGGACGCCAAUGACAACCCACCCGUGUUCGCGCAGGACCGGUACCGCGUCAGCCUCCGCGAGGACACGCCUCCAGGAAUGGUUGUAUUGAAUGUCUCAGCCUCCGAUGCCGAUGCCGGCACUAACGCCCACAUCACCUACGGGUUCGGGGAAACGCCGGCCAAGGUACUCCAGAAAUUCUUUAUAGAAGCCGAGACUGGGGCGAUCACGCUAAAAGAGACACUGGAUUUCGAGCAGACGCGAGGAUACACAUUGUUGGUGGAGGCAAGAGACGGAGGUGGUCUGGUGUCGCACUGCAAGGUGGAGGUGGAAGUGCUGGAUGUUAACGACAAUCCACCUGAGAUCACGCUGCUGUCGGUGUCGAACCCAGUGCCCGAGGAUUCGCCGGUUGGCACCGUGGUGGCUCUCCUGAACGUGCACGACCCAGACUCUGGCGAGAACGGUCAGGUGUUGUGCGAACUAUCGGGAGAGGCGCCGCUGUCGAUCGCGGCGUCGUCGGGAGGCUCGUACAAGGUGGUGACAUCGGGCGCGCUGGACCGCGAGCAGGCGUCGGAGCAUCGCGUGACGGUGGUGGCCCGGGACCGGGGCAGGCCGGCGCUGUGGAGCAGCAGGGAGCUGGUGCUGGAGGUGUCGGACGUGAACGACAACGCGCCGGUGUUCGAGGAGGCGGCGUACAGCGCGUACGUGGCGGAGAACAACGCGGCGGGCGCGCUGGUGCUGCGCGUGCAGGCGCGGGACGCGGACGCGGGCGCCAACGGGCGCGUGAGCUACUGGCUGGCGGGCGGCAGCGCGGGCGCGGCGGGCGCGGCGCCGCUGGUGUCGGUGGAGGCGCGGAGCGGCGCGCUGUACGCGCAGCGCUCCUUGGACUACGAGCAGUGCCGCGAGUUCACGGUGGCCGUGCGGGCGCAGGACGGCGGCUCGCCGGCGCGCAGCUCCACGGCCACGGUGCGCGUCUUCGUGCUGGACCGCAACGACAACGCGCCCAGGGUGCUCUGGCCCGCGGCGGCGGCGGCGGCGGGAGAGGCUGCGGGAGGGGCGGCGGCGCCGCCGGCUUUCGAGGUGGUUCCGCGCUCGGCCGAGGCCGGCUACCUGGUGGCCAAGGUGGUGGCGGUGGACGCGGACGCGGGGCGCAACGCGUGGCUGUCCUACGAGCUGGUGCAGGCGUCGGAGCCGGCGCUGUUCCGCGUGGGGCUGCACAGCGGCGAGGUGCGCACAGCGCGCGCCGUGGGCGAGCGGGACGCGGCCAAGCAGCGGCUGGUGGCCGUGGUCAAGGACCACGGGCAGCCGGCGCUGUCGGCCACGGCCACGCUGGACGUGGUGCUGGCCGAGAGCUUGCAGGAGGCGCUGCCGGAGCUGAGCGAGCGGCCGGCGGGCGCCGAGGCGGCGGCGGCGGCGGCCGAGCUGCAGUUCUACCUGGUGCUGGCGCUGGCGCUGCUGUCGGCGCUCUUGGUGCUGAGCGUGGCGCUGGCCGUGCUGGCGCGGCUGCGCCGGGCCGGGCCGCCCGCCGUGCUGCGCUGCCUGGGCGCGCAGCGCUUCUCGCUGGCCGGCGCCGCCUUCCCGGCCGACUUCUGCGAGGGCACCUUGCCCUACUCCUACAACCUGUGCGUGCCGCCGCCCGCCCGCGCCGUGCCCGAGGCCGCUUGGCCGCCGCCGCCCCGGUUCCCAUCCUGUUAG